GGCUAUUAUAAAGAUAAAAAAGGAGGUCGUAGCCCAUAUUACGUAGUAGAUUAUAGAACUAACGGCAGUAUCUAGUAUAUUAAAAGCUACCUUUACUAGUAUAUAUUCGGAAUUUCAGCUUUAGUAGCGUUAUGCUAUUAAAAGACUAAUUCGCUAUUAUGAAGUCUAGAAUGCGUAGUCUUAAAAAGUGGCCAAAAAGGGUGAUCGGUUGUAGGGGGUGAUCGGUUGUGUAGGGUGACCUCUUAGGAGAUUGGCAGAGACAGCAACGACGGGUACGGAUAUCGCUUGCCUGAUUAGAUAGAAGGCAAGGUAUCCAUCUAUAUCGUACGGAUACCUUGGCUAUCCGUACGGAUAGAUGGCUCCGCGAAAAGUGUCCACGCAGAUUGCAGACUGUCAAAAAGAGGAGCCGCUUGAUCUACUUUGUAGUGUAGCAGUAAGGAAAGGGUGGGCUGGCCAUCUUUUACCCAUAGUGCUUGGCGGCCGCCAAACAUUUACAACUUACGGACACAGCACCGUCAAACGGGCUAUUCGGAAGUCUGCGGUUCAUCGUCGAGAACCGAGGACAUUGCUUUUAUCAUGGCGGGCCGCGGCUGCGCAAUCUGCGAUGCUGCAUCAUAUUGGAGAUUUGACACACAGAAGGAUGCCGAUGGGGUUCACCGUUCAGCUGCGCUGGUCCACUCACUUACACCCAAUUUCAAAAGUCAUCCCAUCUUUUCUUUCGUUCUUGGUGUGUUCCGGCUCCUGAGGAAUAUUGGUGUUACCUUGGCUGACACCUGCCCCUUACCUCGAACUCUUUUUGACUUGCAUUCCCGUCUCCUUUGUGUUGCAGCGGCGAGUCGUUGCCGUCUUUUGGGGGAAAGGGGUCCUCCCUUCCCGUAUCUGUUCCAGAGUUGCCGCCGCCGUCCCAAGGACAUGCGGAAGUCUGCUGAAAGACAGAGACUAGAACUGCAUCUGAAGGUCAAAGAGUGCCUGAGCUUUUCGAGGCUCGAACGGGGAUCCAAGCUCAGCUCCUCCCCCUCCCCCGCCCUAGUUCUUCUGACUUGCCCGCAUGGUGGGCCGAAGGAGAAAGGCGUGCGUGGUCUUGACUCUCUUCGCGGUACGCCCGUUUUAUUUUUGAAAAGCGGCCCGUUGAAGAGCUCCAGUUUUGAAUCACUGAGAAGGGGCAGAGGAACGAAGAAUAGAGAGAAACACCAGUUUCUUCUUAGAGGAAACCUUGUAAAGCCGCUGCCGCACACCAAGGUGUUUGACCUUUCCCAAACGUUCCAGGAGCUUCAACGUUGGCUGGUGGGCAGCAAGGAAAAAAGAGAUUCGAGGCAGACGAGGGGCCGGGGAGGAGGCUCCAGGUUGUCCCAGAUUCGCUAGCCCGGCGAGCUCGACCGUGCCCUCGAUUCUCUGAGAUGUCAUCUGGCAUCUCUACGAGUCUAGUCGUUGUCAAGGAGUGCUUUGGGCAGCUUGCGGUGCUCUCUCUCUCGUUCUCUCCAGACUUUCAGUGAAGCGAGAUGACGCGGUCACAGGCAUGAAAUCGUAAUAUCAGGUGCAAUCAAUCGCUGACCCUGCUGCUUUCCCCUUUGAGAUCGGAACCUGCGAGCGAUACUGUGGAGAGCCUGGUCGAUAUGUUGGGAAUAUUGAACUAUAGGCAUGCUGCAUGAUGAAUGGACCGGACAGCUGGGAAGGGAAUAAUUGGUGAGGCAAGGUUGAUGGCUGUCCGCUGUCGCCCUGUGUGCCAGUGUGUGGUGGUCAUGACGGUGAUGACGACCAGUAGUGUAAGUGUGUGUGUGAGGUAGGUACCUGAGGCGAGGUACCACUGGGUUGUGUUGACGAAGUAUUUGUUUUGGUGUUUUUGUUUUGUUUUGGUUCCCGGCUGUGGCUUGUCGCGUUUGUUUAGUGGCCUGGCUCCAUCGGCCAUGGAUCAGCCGUCUUUUCUAUUUUGAUGAUGAGCCCACCUUUUCCCGCUGCCCGACAGGCGGCUCGCCAAUGUGAUCACUCGUGUCCGAGACGCAAAUAAUAUUGUACAGCCCGAGAAUGACGAGUUGGAAGGAAAGAGAAGGAAAGAAAAGAAGCGUUCCUGGCUUCUGCUGCGUCUCGAUGGAGUCCAGAGUGAACAAGUGGCAGUUGAGUCGUGGCUAUGAGACCGAGGGGAGGGGGCCCUCUUUGGCACUGCAGCGACUACUGCAGCGUGUGUGACUGCAUGUUGGGCCUGGCAAGCUGGAUCUUGGACGAGGCGAAUAGGCGUGAGGCCCGUCCUGGGGGAAGAGAUGAGUGUACUGGAAGAUUUCCGUGUAAGAGGAGCGCAAGCCUCGUCUGGUCUUGGUUGGACCAUGUGGUGCGGAUGCUUGCUGUACGUCGGGGGACGCACAGGACAGUGGACAGGAGACGAGAUGGAUCAGUCCCGCACAUUGUGCAUUCUCCCAGUCGGCCAGACUCGAUUGUCCAAUACGUCUCCAGAGCGUGUUGAUCUCCCUCGUUGUCUUGCCCAUAUUUUCCUCUCUACGUAGUAAAGUCUGGUGAGGAGGUUCGGGCUGCAGGAGACUUCAGACGCGUAGGCGGGACCCUGCAGGUAGAUGGAAGUAUUCAACCAAUAGAUGGUGCUUGCAGACCUCCAAAAGGGCACCCCCCCCCCGGCUUCAAUCUUGGGGGGGUCCCCCGGCGUCUUUGGAUGCCAGACCGUUGGGUAAGUUGGGUUUAGUGAUGUCAGGGUUAGAAAGAGGUCGUGGAUCUGUGUGUUUGUUGGCUUGUGACUAGUGGGCAGUCAGCAUGAUAGCGAAGGACAAGACCUGAGAGCAAGACUCGAUCCCAAAGUUGGGUUUCAUCACGAAGAAGCA